AUGUUAGCAACAACAGCACCAAACUCGUUAGUCAUGAACCCAACAUCUAUGUUAGUAGAGAUGAAAAGCUUCAUUCCUUCUUCAUAUACUUUCGAAACAGAAAUCCAGAAGAUAAAGCAGGAACUUCUCCAAGGAGAUUUAGAUUGCACUGCGAAAGAUGAAACAAAUGAACAGUAUCUUUAUGAAAUGCAGGACCUGGUGGAACAUCUACCUAAACUUCCUGAAAUACAACAACAAAAGCUUACUAUUCCUGAAUUCGAUGAAAUAGAAGUCAAAGCAACUGACUCGGUAGAAAUAAAGAAGUUCAUACGAAAGGUAAACUAUGAGUUUCUAGGAUUUCAUUGCAACCACAAAGUCAUGGACAAAGACUGCGAUAUGGUAUAUUUCAUGGACAUAUAUAAAUCUGAAGAAUUUAAGACCUACGACAACUUUGUUUCGUUAGUUGCAAAAUGUGUAUGGCAGAUAA